GUUUGGGAGCUCAGGGCCGCGCGUCAGACCCGGGACGGCGGCAUGGAGGCGGGGGCCGGCGGCGGCUCUGCGGGGCCGUCGCCUUCGUUCAAGGAGGAGCUGCUCUGCGCCAUCUGCUACGACCCGUUCCGCGACGCGGUGACUCUCCGCUGCGGCCACAACUUCUGCCGGGGUUGCGUGGGCCGCUGCUGGGAGCUGCAGGACGCGCCCGCCUGCCCUGUGUGCAAGGAGCGGGCGUCCCCAGCCGGGCUGCGCACCAACCACACGCUCAACAACCUGGUGGAGAAGCUGCUGCGCGAGGAGGCCUGCCCGGCCCGCUCGCGGGGGCCCCGCUUCUGCCGCCUGCACCACGGCCAGCUCAGCCUCUUCUGCCUGGACGACAAGGAGCUGCUGUGCGGCUCGUGCCAGGGAGACCCGCGGCACCAGGGCCACCGCGUGCAGCCAGUGCAGGGCACGGCCCGCGACUACCGGGCGAAGUGCAGGAAUAUGGAGCACUGUCUUCGGGAGAAGGCGAAAGCCUUCAGAGCUAUGCGUCGUUCUUACGAGGCCAUCGUCAAGCAUAAUCAGGUGGAAGCUGCCUGGCUUCAGGGCAGGAUCCGGCAGGAGUUUGAAAAACUGCGAGAGUUCUUGAGAGUAGAAGAGCGGGCAGCCCUGGAUGCCGUGACCGAGGAGGCCGGGCAGAAGCUGAGGCAGGUAGAGGAAAAAAUGAAACAGUUGGCAGAAGAGACAGAGGCCUUGGCUCAUGAGAUCGGGCGGCUACAGAUGGAGAUGAAGGAAGAUGAUAUCUCCUUUCUCAUGAAACACAAGAGCCGUAAACGUAGACUUUCCUGCACAACGAGCAGAGCCCAUCCAACAGGAAUGCUUAUCGAUGUCAGCAAGUACCUGGAUUCCCUGCAGUACCGUGUCUGGAAGAAGAUGCUGAGUAGUAUCGAAGCUGUGCCCUUCAGCUUUGACCCCAACACGGCAGCCGGCUGGCUCUCCGUCUCGGACAACCUCACCAGCGUCACCAACCACGGCUAUCGGGUGCAGGUGGAGAACCCCGAGCGCUUCUCAGCGUCUCCCUGCCUGCUGGGCUCCCGUGCCUUCUCCCAUGGCUCCCACACCUGGGAGGUGGAUUUGGGUGGGCUCCAUAACUGGCGGGUGGGCGUGGCUCGGACUCGUCCAGAGUCUAGUGGGGACGGGCACUCCCACAGCUGCUACCACGAUGCCCGCUCGGGCUUCUGGUACAUCUGCCGUACCCGAGGAGUGGACGGGGACCACUGUGUGGCAUCCGACCCUUCAGCUUCCCCCCUGGGCCUCGUAUUGCCCCAGCGCCUGCGGGUAGAGCUGGAGUGUGAGGAAGGUGAGCUGUCCUUUUACGACGCGAGCGCCAGUCCCACCUCUACACUUCCACGGCCGCUUUGGGAGGUGCGGCCCUAUUUCUAUAUAGGUGGGACACGCAGCAGACACUCCCCCUAAGCCCCUGCGCUCUGUCCACUCCAUAUCCAGGUCAAGGAAGAGCUCUAAGGCCGAGUGCUUUGGAGUUGAAUCUUCUCCCUCUCUAACUCAAUGUCCGUCCCUCCCACUCUCCCCCAUCUGGUAUCCCUUUUCCUUCUCUACCUCUCCACUGCCCCUAUCUUCUCCCCAGUGUGGUAUAGGGGAAAGAACACGGGUUUUAAGUCACAAGGCCUGUGUUCAAAUUCCAGUUUCACUACUUACUACCUGUGUGACCUUGGGAAAGUCACUUUCCCUCUACUGGUCUUAGGUCUUUCGAUUUUUAUUUUAUUUUAAUUUUAUUUUUUAGAGACUAAAUCUCCAUAUCUCACCCAGGCCAGAAGUUCAGUAGGCACACCAAAGCCCAAUCCAGGUACAAAAAGCUUUAACCUGCCCCCAUUUUUCUGGCCUAGGACAGCUUGCCUCUCCGCAGCCUGGUGCCUCUCCUUUACUCUCAGGGGUUUCUCAUAUUGAUAGCAUAGCCACCCAAUCCGCUUUAGCUCCACUGCAGCCCAGAACCCCCACACUCCUGUGACCCACCAGCCUCAGCCUCCCCUACUAGCAGGGCUUACAGGUGUGGGCUGCCACUCAGCAGUCCCCUCAUCCAUAAGAUAAGGAAUUUGGAAUGGAUGACUUUCAAGGUCCCUUCAGGCUCUAAUAGAGUCUGGGAUGCUGGGAUGCCUUCCCAGUUUGGUCACCAGAUUUUCCAACUUGUUCUGUGAGUGAUAGUCAUAGAAUCUAGAACCAGAAGAGACCUCAGAGCAACUCCAUCUUACAGAGAGAGGGUAAGUGACAUACCCAAGGUCACUUAGGUAGUAAUUGGCAGAACUGAAACCUGGGCCUGACUAUGAGAGGAUAAAGAGCAGAAAGAGCAGGGUUUUUUUUUUUUUUUAAUAAACAUUUUAUUUAAAGUAAAAAAAUAUAUAGGUGGGAAGUAGCAGUACAGAACUAGAAAACAAUGGGUCCAAAUUUUG